AUGACAAAAGCCACAAGAGUUGGCAAUCUCCUUGCGGUGCACGAGAUGCCAGGAGAGCAGUCUUGCUCUCAGAUACAACAAACAUAUGUGCGAAAGCUCCAGGCUGAUCUUGACAGAACAAAGAAGUUUGUAGAUCAAACAGAUGAGGCCACUGCUCAGCUCGAGGACGAAGAAGACAAAGAAACGAGGGCAGAAGAAAAAAGGGAUAAUGCAACCGAAGAAAACGGACAAAAUAAUCAAUCCAAUGAUAUUAAUCGCAAGGCCCAUUUGUUGGCGCUCUAUGAAGUUUACAAGCAGCUUCCUUAUCUGGCGAUCAAGAACGAUCUGAUAGGGAUCGCAACAGCCACGAAACUAACCGCAGAGGCUGUAAAUGAACAAAUACGCACAUCAGAGCAGUUUGAAAAGGAGAAUGCUGCUGCAAUUGAGGACAUUGAGUCACUCAAAACGAUACUUUCAGACUACCAGAAGGUAGUGACGCUACUACAAAAGCGACUCGAGAGCCAUCCAGCAAGGAUGGCCGAACUACAGAACAAAAUUAUAGAUUUAGAUACUAGAAAAAAUAAUUUGAGCUCGCUCAGGGCAAAAGCUCGCGAAUCCAGCGGAAAUGCCAAAAAAGUGGAGGAUCUGUUGUAUGUCCAUGCACAGAGGUUGAUUGUCAAGCUCCAUGCAAUGAUGGAUUGGGAAAAUACCAGUGUGGCAGAUGAAAGCACGUUUCGCACAAACAUAUUGCGAAGCAGUACUUUUCUCAAGACUUUGGUGUCUAAUCUUGUAAGUUUCGAGUCCACCUGGGUAUCAGUGGGCAAGGGCACCUCCGAGGAGCACUUGGCCAAAUUGAUGAUACAGCAUGGUAUUUUACAGGAAAGAGAUACGCAACACGAAGGAUUUGAAGGCUACGAAGUGGCAUUACGAAGGUAUGGAUAUUAG